UCGAAGCUUAUACAUAUAUAGUAUGUAGUCAGUGAUGCCAGAAUCGUGGGCCGUGGGCGAAAGCAGUUACCCCCAUUAUGACCUACCGCCGUGUCCCACUAUACCGUCCUUGUGCUCUCACACAAGUGUACCGGUAGCUCUGUCGUGUGCGAAGCCUGUUCGGCUUUUUCCGCCAAUAAUCUCCACCACAUUCCUGCAGUGCCCUACCAUAAGAUUUGCUGUACAUUGCUCCGGCUUAUUUUAUUACUUUACAUAGAGUAACUUCGUGAGAGGUCUUACGCUAAAGCAUGCCACGUGAAAUAUUUUCUAACAAUGAAUAUUACAAGUGAUAAAACUAUUUCUGCAUUGAAAAGGAAAGAGAUAAAUUUUUUAUCAGAAAAAUGGAACGGAAACAGAAUUAUUUUCCGUAUUUUCCUUCUCGUUACGUGUUUCAAAGUACUUCUGAUUCCCACAUAUCGUUCUACAGAUUUUGAAGUACACCGCAACUGGCUUGCUAUAACACACAGUUUGCCAAUUAAAGAAUGGUAUGUGAAUGUAAAAUCACAAUGGACACUGGAUUAUCCACCACUAUUUGCGUGGUUCGAAUACUUUCUCAGUCAUGUAGCAAAAUAUGUUGAUCCUGAGAUGCUCAGAGUAGAAAAUCUGGAUUAUGCAUCAUCCAAUACUAUCUUCUUCCAAAGGGGCUCUGUUAUAGUUUUAGAUUUGGUAUAUGCUUAUGGAGUUAAAGAAAUUGGAAAAGUAUUCUGUACCUCAUUUCAUAAUUAUACUAUAUUUGUAAUUUUAUCUCUGUGCAAUAUGGGAUUAUUAGUAGUAGAUCAUAUACAUUUUCAAUACAAUGGGUUUUUACUUGGUAUCCUUCUAUUAGCUAUCACUAAAGUUUCCAAAACAUCUGCCUUACAAGGAACUCUAUGGUUUGCUUUGCUAUUGAAUUUGAAACACAUUUAUUUGUAUGUGGCACCAGUCUUUUUGGUGUGGUUGCUUAGAUCAUAUUGUAUGAAUGGUGGUCAAUUUUUUAAACGUCUAUUUAUGCUUGGAAGCAUAGUUAUGAUCACUCUGAUGAUUUCAUUUGGACCAUUUGCUUCACAAUUACCCCAAGUAUUUUCAAGGUUGUUCCCACUCAAAAGAGGAUUGGUUCAUGCAUAUUGGGCAGCAAAUGCUUGGGCAUUGUACAUAGGUGUAGAUAAAGCAAUAUCGAUAAUUUUGAAAAGAUUAGGAUGGUUAAAAGUAACAAAAUCAGCAGUAAUGACUGGUGGUUUAGUUCAAGAACAAUCAUUUCUAGUACUACCAACUCCUACUCCACUUAUAACAUUUUCAUUAACCCUUUUUGCGAUACUGCCUGCUUUAUAUUAUUUGUUAUUCAAGAAAGACUAUAAUACAAAUUCAAAACAGUUUAUAAGGUGUUUAACUCUUUGUGCUUUAUCCUCCUUUGUAUUUGGAUGGCAUGUUCAUGAAAAAGCUAUUUUAACUGCUAUUGUGCCACUAUGUGUAUUAGCUGUAAUUGACAGAAAUGAUGCUAGAAUAUUUCUAAUUUUAAGCAGUGCUGGACAUACUGCACUUUUACCACUGCUUUAUCCAAGCAAUUUAACUCCAUUGAAAAUACUGUUAUUACUAGUGUAUAUGAUUGCAUCUAUUCUAGUCCUCACUAGGAAUUUCAAGCAACACUUACUUUAUUCUUACGAAUAUAUAUAUGUCAUUGUUUUACCAGCAUUAACAAUAUACGAAACAAUAUUACACAAGUUAAUACUUGGCGAUAAAUUACCAUUUUUACCUACUGCUAUUACUUCAGUAUAUUGUGCAAUAGGAAUAAUUUAUUCUUGGAUAGUCUAUUAUUACAUGUUCUUACAAAAUCAAAAUGACUUUAUGACCAAUGACCAAAAAGAGAAAAAACAAUAA